CACAUUACAACUUUUGAGUGAAAAUUCAUCGCAUUAAUAAAGAUUUAUUGCAGCUUAAAUCGGUCGACAAGAUGAAGAUCCUUGUAGGAGCGCUCAUGUGUGUUUCGGCGAUAUUUGCGAUGCCGCCAGCCGAUCGACGUAGUAACGGCCUGCCACGAUUCAUCCUAGAUCACCCGGCAGCUGCUUACAGGUCGGAUACGAUCGGAGCUAGGCUAGCCGACGCCGACGAGCGGCUUAACCUGCGCAAUCGAGAGAUCUCCUACGACAUCCCGAAUGAGCAGCGCUUUAGGUCUCUCGAAACAAUUUCUAACUACGACGAUACGGAUGACGAUAUCACACACGACACUUUCAAUCGUCAGUUACGUCACGAUGACGUCAAUGGACCUAGCAUCCGCAAGCUUGACCGAAAAGUUGAGUACGCAAACCCCAUCUCCGGGCAGGCAUUCAGGGAUCUGGAGAGAGGCGACCACGUGAUCGACACCAACGGCGACAAUUCGGGCCUGUAUGCGAGGCGCCUGGCCCUACAGGAUGGAGAAUUAGCAGCCGACCUUAGACGCGACAUCGACUACAGGAACCGAGGAGAAGGAUUUAUUGACAACGACGAUGGCGUUAGCCUUCCAGGUCGUGAUUUCUUCAUCAACGCCGGAAGAUUUGCGCCCCGUGAUCAGAGUGGAAAUAUUCCGCCACCAAGCUCCGACUGGUUCGGAGGCAGGACUGCUAUCGUUCGUCCACGAUCGCCUUUCGAGCACCCAGAAGGCAGUCCCCCUUCCAGGUUCAUAGUUGGCACCACUUAUUAGAGAGCGCAACAGACCGGCAGCGAUUUUACGUCCACAGAAAAUCUUUGAUCAACAGUCUUGGUGAUUUUUGUCUCCGGUACCGCAUUCGGCUAACUUCGGACGAAUCCGUUCUUCUUCCCCGUUCGCUCGGGUUUAUCACCAAUAGCGUAUAAGACACUGAUCUCUAUAAUAACUUAUUAUUAUUAUUAUUAUUAUAGAGAUCAGUGGUGUAAGAGCUUAAAUUUCCUUACACCUCCGAUCACGUGAUCUCGUGGCUGCGUCACCAAUGAAGAAGUUGGCCGAUAAGGAGGCGAACAUUAGUCAGAAAAUGGGAUUCCUGUCGCGGAGAUAGGCGGCGCCGGCGUAGGAGACAAAAAUACCAUAAUCUGGCGAGAUCGAAGUUAAAGCUUUUUAGGCGCAGACGCGCAGUAAACCAACAUUUAUACAAAACAUUACAAAUUCAUUUUAAUUCCCGCCAUAAUCUGGCGAGAUCGAAGUUUAUGCGAAGAAAUAAAUUACCAAGAAAUUACUUGAAACUAUACUGUCUAUGUUUAAUUGCAACCAACGUCUAAUAAACUGAUCUGCAACUCUGUA